AUGUCCCGCUACCUCCCCGCCCCCCCGCGCACUCCAACCACAAUCCUCUCCUCCAAUCCAAUCCCUCUGGACGAAGCCCACUCCCACCUCCAAUCAUACCUCCUCUCCACCUCUUCCUCCCAACCCUGGUCCCACUCUCACGACGCCGGUACCACCGCCUCUCUCAAAAAGCUCGAAUUAUCUCUUCGCGGAAUCCACGGUCCCGCUGCAAAUUCCCAUUUCAUCGCCAUUGCCGAUGAUGUCGAAAUCGAUACUAUCGACAAUAAUAUCAUCAACAAUAAUAGCAAUCUAGACCUGGAAGAUACAUUUUCAAAACCAGAUACAGACGAAGGUGGGGAAUCGGAACGACAGAGGGUGUAUGAAACUGUUGAAGAUCUAGAAGUUGCGGAAGAGAUUAGAGAUGAAGAUGAAGGUGUUUUGAUGAGGGAAUUGCAGAAUGUUGAGAAGGCUGAAGAGGGACAGGAGGAUGUUGAGGUUAUGAUGGAGAAAGAGGAGAAAGAAUUGAAAGGGGUAGCUGUGGUGGUUGAUAAGGAGGAGAGGAAACGACUGAAGAAACUCAGGAUGAAGGAGGAGAAGAAGAGAAAAGAAGCCGAGAGGGCGGCUGAGAGGGAGUAG